UCCUCCUUUUUGGAACAUAUGUAAAGCUGUGCUCAUUUUUUGAAGUUCGUUGACCCAUUUUUGCAUAGGUCAUCUCUUCAGCGACAAUAUUCAAAGAGGGGACGUCGAGCAUUGGGAAAAGAGGCGGGCGUCUUCUCUUGUCUCUUUUUCUAUUCUUUCAACACGCCACAUCUGACGACGGGUGGAGGACUAUGCGCAGUGCAGUAUCGCAUGCCAAUGUCGGUGCGCAUGCACCUACCGGUUCGAAAAACAUGGCAGGUGUUGCGGUUGCUUCUUAUUGUUGACUAUCUUUGAUAGAUAAAUGGUUAUUUAAAAGUCACUUGAAAGACAAUGAUAACGGGUAAAUUAGAUAAUAAUUCGUGAAACUUUUUUUUAAAUAACCUAUCUUCGAAGUCAACUGUAAAAUAUGUCGAGUACGCAGGAAGCAGAGGUUCAAAGCCUCAAGGAACGAGGAAAUGCAUGUGUGAAAGAACAAAAAUUUGAAGAGGCUAUGUUUCAUUACACACAUGCAAUCAAACUUGAUCCACAAAAUUAUUCUUUGUAUAGCAAUCGAUCAUUUGCCUUUUUAAAAUUACAACAAUAUCAUUUUGCAAUGGAGGAUGCUUUAAUGACGAUUCACUUAAAACCUGAUUGGACCAAGGGUUAUUUUAGGAAAGGUGAAAUAGAAUCACAAACAUUUAGAUUUAGUGAAGCGCUUCAGUCUUAUAAUAAAGCAUUAUCUCUUAAGCCAAAUGAACCAACAAUUUUAGAAGCAAUGAACAGAGUAUCCAGGUUAUUAAUUAAAGAUAAACAAGCUGAUCAACAGAUACCUUGGCUUGGGGCUGGUGUUGGUAUUAUACUUGGAGUAGUGGUUGUAAUUGCUGAUUAUGUUUUUACAAAUAAACCUACAUUAACGCAUCCCCUUUUGAUGGCCUUGUUAACAAUGUCUAUAGCAAUGCUAGGUUUUAGCAUUGCAAAAGGAUUUCGUUAUUUUGUAAAGUGUCAAAGAAAAUCACUUUUGGACCCACCAGUGGAUUUGUUCGGUGAAGCUAAAGAAGAAUAUGAUGACGAUGAUACUGAAAUGAACAAUGAUAAGGAGAAACAUCCAAAAUACAGUAAAGCGCAAGCGCGGCAAAGAUUUAAAAAAGGAAGAUCAUAGUGUGUUUUGAUACUAAUUAUACAUAUGGAUUUUUGUGUAGCUAAAAUUUAAAAUUCGUAACACUUUUUAACAUCUCAGGUAAUCUGAAUGUUUACAACCAGUUAUUGCAUUGGCAGAAAAAUAUACACACUGUUUACAUUUUAUACUUAAGUUGUUAAAUAAUGUUAAAAUAUUAAGAUUGUGUGCAGAUUUGCCACACUUUUUUAUAUUUUAUGUUAAAAAAAAUUGUAUUGCAAACCAAACCCGCUAGUUAAUAAUCAAGUCCAUCUGUUGCAAAUACAAUUGUAUUUCAAACUGUUUAAGAUAUAUUAUAGGAGAUAAGGCUACAAUGAAAAUAUAAUUGUCUGUUAUUUAGUACAAAUAUUUCUAAAUUCUAAAUUGAGACAAAAAACUCUGCUUGUUAUACGAAUUGCAACCAUAUUUAAUGAUAUAAAAUAUUUCAACGUAUAAACAAAAUCGGCAACAAACUUGCCAUUAACAUUUUUACAUAUACAUAUACUAUACUAUAGGAUCCAAUUAUUUGAAGGUUAUUCGCUAUCAUAUACAACGAAUUAUCUCGUUCUUGAACUUAAAAACUCUACACUUCUUAACCUUCUACAUUUAAUAAACACAAUAAACACAAACAGAUUCUAACUAAUCACAAUCAAAUAUUUAAGAGUUGUUUGAUCCCUUCAUAUAGGAUAAAGUAUGUUCUUUGAAUCUUAAAACUAAUACACAAAAUACACCACCCUUUUACUAAAAUUACCAAUUUUCACGA